GCAAGAAAUUGAGGCCUCGAUUGUUUGUAAACAAAAAAUUUUUUUGUGAAAUUUUAAAAUUGUAACCAAAAAUUAUGUUUUAUCACAUUUCCUUAGAGCAUGAAAUACUUUUACAUCCGCGUUACUUUGGACCGCAACUAUUGGAAACUGUCAAACAGAAGCUAUAUACGGAAGUUGAGGGCACCUGCACCGGUAAAUACGGAUUUGUUAUAGCAGUAACAACCAUUGAUCAAAUUGGUUCCGGAAUUAUACAGCCGGGACAGGGUUUCGUUGUAUAUCCGGUAAAGUAUAAGGCGAUAGUGUUUCGACCCUUUAAAGGUGAAGUCUUGGAUGCGGUUGUAAAGCAAAUAAAUAAGGUGGGAAUGUUUGCGGAAAUCGGUCCUUUGUCUUGUUUCAUUUCACAUCAUUCGAUACCGGCUGAUAUGCAGUUUUGCCCUAACGGCAAUCCACCUUGCUAUAAAUCCAAAGAUGAGGAUGUAGUCAUUUCCGGCGAAGAUAAGAUACGCUUAAAAAUUGUGGGUACACGUGUUGAUGCUACUGGCAUUUUUGCUAUUGGCACAUUAAUGGACGAUUAUUUAGGUUUGGUUGGUAGUUAACUACUACUACUUAGCUUAAGCAUUUUCCGUUAGGGAAUUUCUUUAUUUUUUAUAUACCCUUAUAGAAAUUUUACAUAUUUUGUAUACCUAUACAUAAAU